UCAUGUACUUUGGAUUCGUGCUCGUGCCCACUGCCCUUGUUCCCUACCGGUGCGUCUCCUUCUCCGCGCCUCGUGCGGUCGUGCCGGCAGGAGGUGGGUUGGCGUCGCUUCCCUCGUUCUUGCCCUUCUCGGUCCUUUUCCCUCCGCGAGUUAGAAGUGAUCGAGGCGUUUACUGUCUUUCAUGUUUGUUCAAUUGAGAUCAGCAAUUAUCUUAUGGGUCUCCAAUUUUAAUAAUUCCAUGACUCGAGUGUUGGAAAUCACUGCAGGAUUCACUCUCCCAUGAAUUCAUGAUAUAAUGUCUAGGAAGCAGCAUAUUGCAAUAUUCACAACUGCAAGCCUUCCAUGGAUGACUGGAACUGCUGUAAAUCCUUUAUUUCGUGCUGCUUAUCUUACAAAGGAUGGUGAUAGAGAAGUUACAUUGGUUGUCCCUUGGCUUUCUCUCGAUGAUCAAAAAUUAGUUUACCCGAACAAUAUCACCUUCAGUUCAUCACAAGAACAUGAAGGCUAUAUACGUCAUUGGAUUGAUACAAGGAUUGAUUUUCUAUCAAUGUUCAAUUUGAAAUUCUACCCAGCAAAGUUCUCAAGAGAUAAAAGGAGCAUUCUACCUGUUGGAGAUAUAACAAUUACUAUUCCUGACGAUGAAGCAGAUGUUGCUGUACUUGAGGAGCCUGAGCAUCUCAAUUGGUACCACCAUGGUCGUCGCUGGAAAUCCAAAUUUCGUAAAGUAAUUGGUAUUAUUCAUACAAACUAUCUGGAGUAUGUCAAGCGCGAGAAGAAUGGACAAUUGCUAUCCUUGGUCUUAAAAUAUGCUAACAGUUGGGUCACUCGUAUCUACUGCCACAGGGUUAUCCGAUUGUCAGCUGCUACCCAAGAUUACCCACGAUCCAUAGUCUGCAAUGUACAUGGUGUCAACCCAAAGUUUCUUGAUGUAGGCAAAGCAAAGUAUGCACAAUUACAAAGCGGUGAGCCAGCCUUCACCAAGGGUGCCUAUUACAUAGGAAAGAUGGUGUGGAGCAAAGGCUACAAGGAGCUUCUUAAUUUACUCACUUGGUACCAAAAUAAAUUUUCUGGCAUUCAAGUCGAUUUAUAUGGCAGCGGAGAAGAUUCUGAGGAAGUUCAACAAGCUGCUAAAAAUUUAAGUUUUGCAGUAACAGUUAACCCAGGACGUGAUCACGCAGACCCUACGUUCCAUGAUUAUAAGGUGUUUAUUAAUCCUAGUACGACAGAUGUGGUUUGUACCACCACAGCAGAGGCCCUUGCGAUGGGAAAGAUUGUUGUUUGUGCCAACCACCCUUCCAAUGAUUUCUUCAAGCAGUUUCCUAAUUGCUACAUUUACAAUGAUGGUGAGGAAUUUGUCAAGCUAACUCUCAAAGCAUUAGCCGAAGAGCCUUCUCCUUUAUCAGAUGAACUGAGGCAUGAGUUAUCUUGGGAAGCAGCCACGCAGAGAUUUCUAGCUGCUGCAGAGUUGGACCAGAUUGAUGAUGCAGAUAGAACUCCUACCCCUAAGCGUUCGUUUUCAUCUUCUUUGAAGCCCAAGAAACUGAAGAGGAACAUGGAAAAUGCCUCUGCAUACAUACAUCAGAAAAUGUCUGGAAUUGAGGUGGCAAGGCGGGCAUUCGGUGCGAUACCAAAGAGCCUGAAACCUGAUGAGCAGCAAUGCAGGGAGCUUGGCUUGGUUCUGCCUGAGAAGAAAAAGCGCAAGCGCUGAUGCAAGCUACUAAUUACUGUCUUAUUUCAUCCUUGUUUACUCGUCGAAUCAAGUCAAUGCUUUUAAUUACUUUUUCUUC